AUGGUUUCAGCUCGAUUCUAUACCAGCGCCUUCUUUUUGGUCAUUGCUUUCAAUCACUUUCUAUUUGUCUGUACCGCUCCUCUCGAACGCCGCAUCAUAGGAGCUUCCAAAUUACUACGAGUGAAAGGAAAGUUAUUUUCAGGCUCGGGUACAUAUUACAAGGUGGGAUCUGGUUCAUGUGGUGAGCACGAUACAGACAGUGAACUGGUGGUAGCAGUGAAUAAAGCACAAAUGGGCAAUGGAUCAAACCCCAAUAACAACCCUAAAUGCGACAAAAUGGUGUCCAUCACAGGAGACAAGGGCACAGUAACAGCCAGAGUAGUGGAUACAUGUCCUGCAUGUGCAAAUGGAGCCUUGGACAUGUCACCUACUACCUUCAAACGGGUCUGUGGUGAUUUGGCAGAAGGCGUCUGUAAUAUUAGCUGGAAGUUUUUAUAA